UUUUUCUUGCUUAUCAUCUCCUAGAAGUCGCUUAAACUGAAAAAGUCUCGAUGGCUUUGGAUCACUUCAUCCUCUCACCAAUUUGCUCACAAAAUGAAAUAAGAAACAAAAUCGGAAGUUUUAUUUGGGAGCAGAACCAUUUCUUGAUAAGACAGGUUUCUGCCACCCCCCAAUACAACCAGUAUCGUCUAAUUCCUUACCCCAAGCGUCCACACAACCGAUCCCGACAUUCCAGCCAAACCCGGCAGGAUGGUGAGUUGGUACGCACUAAAGGAAGUGUUCUUGGGGAGAAGAGUGAACUAGAAAUUCAGCCCCAAGAAGACUUCCCUGAAAGCCCAAAAAGACAUUUUUCAGGAACUUCAGAAGUGGGAAAAAAGCAUUAUAAUACUCUUCAGAAUUACCCAGUGAACAACAUGGCAAUAGAUUACAUAUCAAUCGAUGAGCUGAAGAAAUUCCAAGGGGAUCUGCAUGACUUCAUUCCUGGAACCUCAGGAUAUGUGGCGUAUAUUCUAGAUGAAGUGGACAAUUUCUCCAUCCUAAAAAACAAACUAAAGAAAAAAUGAUCAGUUCUUCUAAUUGGAAAUGUACCUCGAGCUUCCUGAAAAGCAGCCUGUAGAAUAUCCCCCUUUUUUCAAGCCACGGGAAAGAGUUCAGAUUUGGAAGUCAAAAUUAAAGAAAAAAUGAUCAGUUAUUCUAAUUGAAAAUGUACCUCGAGCUUCCUGAAAAGCAUCCUGUAGAAUAUCCCCCUUUUUUCAAGCCACGGGAAAGAGUUCAGAUUUGGAAUUCAAAAGAUCUGAGAUCUAGUUCCAGCUCUACUCCUGGCCCGCUGUGUGGCCUUGGGAAAGUCACUUAAUC